CACACUCGUCCGUCCGCCCGUCGAAUGGCGGCUCCCAAACCCUAAGCCACAGAUCCCUUCCCCUGCCUCAGCUUCGAACGCCCUCGCCUCGCCGCCGGUCUUUGUGUACUGCCGCUGUGUCCGUCGGCGCGGAUCAAGGGUCCGCUCCGCUGCACCCCGCGGGGAGAAAGGGGCGGGCCUCGGCGUCCUCCGCUCGUCGCCCGAGUGUCUGAGUACUAUCAGGUGCAAGUCCAGCCGAACUGAUUGCAUGACAUAUGAAAUAGCGAGCGUCGAAUGACCUUCUCUAUGGAUAUGGAUUUGAACGCAUCACCGGUGCCUGACGAUGAUGAGCAGCAGCCUUACAAUGAACCAGUGGAGGCUGAGUAUGCUCAGGAGGAACAUGUUGAAUCUGCUGUCGCAACAUUGCGCCGGGAACGUGAAGAAAGACGCAAGAGACUAAAGAGAGAGCAGCAGGAUGAUGGGUCAAGGCUACAUUCCCAGCAGAUUAGGGUUGAUUAUGCUCCUCAACCCAAAAGGCAUAGUCGCAUCAAAGAGGCACCUCAGGGCUGGUUGGACUGUCCUGCAUUUGGGGAGCCAAUAGAUAAAAUCAUACCAUCUAAAGUUCCUCUCGAUGAAACAUUCAAUGAGUCAGUGCCUCCUGGGAAGCGAUACUCCUCAAAGCAACUAGUUAACAAACAAAGAAAAGCUGGUCGUGAAAUAGGUCUGGUGAUUGAUUUGACAAAUACCACCAGGUAUUAUUCACCAGCUGAAUGGACGAAGCAAGGUACUAAGUAUGCGAAGAUUGCAUGCAAGGGGAGAGAUGCGGUACCUGACAAUGAAUCUGUUAAUAAGUUUGUCUAUGAGGCAAUGAUAUUCCUUGAUCGACAAAAACAUUCAAAGAAUCCUAAAUAUAUUCUGGUUCACUGUACCCAUGGUCAUAAUCGUACCGGUUUCAUGAUUAUUCAUUACCUUAUGCGCACACACGUAUCUUGUGUUGCUGAGGCGAUAAAUAUGUUUGCUCAAAGGCGGCCACCUGGCAUAUACAAGAGGGACUAUAUUGAAGCACUAUAUUCAUUUUACCAUGAGGUCCCUGAGAAUAUGAUGAUAGCAUGCCCUCCAACACCAGAAUGGAAGAGACCAGAUGAUCUCGAUUUAAAUGGCGAAGCUAAGCAGGAUGAUGACGACGACAAUGGUGAUCCAGAACCACCGCGUAAUGAAUCAGAGGAUAAAAUCAUCACCAACGACGAUGUGUUAGGGGACGAAGUGCCAUAUGACCAGCAAGAAGCUUUGCGUGUGCUAUGUUAUAAGUUGCUUGAAAUGCCCCUUAUAAGGGGACAUUCACAAUUUCCUGGAUCACAUCCAGUUUCUCUUAACAGUGAAAAUCUGCAACUACUUAGACAGCGAUACUACUAUGCUACAUGGAAAGCUGACGGAACACGAUAUAUGAUGCUUAUAAUGAGAGAUGGUUGUUUCUUGAUUGAUCGAAAUUUUUGCUUUAGAAGGGUUCAGAUGCGCUUUCCCCAUAAGAGCCUUGAAGGUCUGCAUGAUAUGACCUUGAUUGAUGGAGAGAUGAUUAUAGACACGGUACCAGAUUCAGGCUUGAAGAGAAGGUACUUGGCAUAUGAUCUUAUGGCACUUGGUGCAGUGUCCAAAACUAAGUUGCCGUUUUCUGAAAGGUGGAAAAUGCUGGAAGAUGAAAUAAUACGACCACGUUAUUAUGAGAAAAAUAAAUUUGAGAGUGGUUCUAAGAGCAAUCCGUUGUACAAAUAUGACAUGGAAUUAUUUUCGGUUAGAAGAAAAGAUUUUUGGCUGCUCUCAACAGUAAAAAAGGUUCUUAAGGUGUUCAUUCCAUCCCUUUGCCAUGAUGCUGAUGGCCUUAUAUUUCAGGGCUGGGACGAUCCAUAUGUAACUCGUACUCAUGAAGGUCUCCUGAAGUGGAAAUACCCUGAGAUGAAUUCUGUGGACUUUCUGUUCGAGCUUACGAAUGAUAAUCGUCAACUGGUUUUCCUUUAUGAGAGAGGAAAAAAGAAACUCAUGGAUGGUGCCCGGAUAGCAUUUACUGACGAUGUAGAUCCAUCCUCUAUCGCCGGGAGGAUUGUUGAAUGCUCCUGGAAUAAGGAAGAACAGUGUUGGUCCUGUAUGCGUAUUAGAUCUGAUAAAUCUACUCCAAACGACAUCAACACAUACCGGAAGGUGAUGAGGAGUAUCACAGAUAACAUUACCGAGGAAAAGCUUCUCGAAGAGAUUGAUGAGAUAAGUCUUCUCCCGAUGUAUGCUGAUAGGAUGCAGCAGGCUCAUACAAAGAUGGCACAACAACAGCGGCGGAGAUUGCCACCACAGUGCUAGCCAGUGCUGGGGCGCUCUCCUACCGCCCUAGCCAGCUGCUGGCUUCCGUAGCUGUGUAAUUAGUAGAGGUUUCAGUAGCCCCAUAUGAUGAUGGCUGGCUGGGUCUGGCCUGCCAACUAAUUCUUUGCACCUCAUUUGUGUCUUCUCCCUGCCCUCCCACCCACCUGUAUAGGCGUCGCCGCAGAGUAGUUUCCCUGUAAAUUGUGUACUCUAUGUUCUCCCAUAUUCUCCCCUAUGGUUUUAUUUUUCAUGGGUGUAGAAUAGCGUUUAACAAGAGGGUGGUGUUCUAGGUACAUUAGUGUACGCGUUACUAUCUCUCGGUGUUGCGGUUGCCUUGUGCUAGAAUAAAUAUGGUUACCAUCUGUUGCUGAUGGGUCAUGUGGUUCCCCCGGCGGAUAUCAUGUGGUUGCGUGGUAUGGGUUAUUUUCGUCUUCUGUUUUGUUCGCACCUGAUCCGAUCCGAUCUUUUGUUCAAUGAAGAAGAAAAAAAUUAUUGGU